CAGAGUUUUUGCUCUUGCCAGCACAGCGUUUCACUCAAACUUGUUCUUCCCAGCACACGGUACUUCUUCCCUUUUGGUUCAUCCUCCCAUCGGAAUAAAGUGGAUCGUCCUAUCCAUGCACGCUAUUCUUGGAUUCAAUGCAAUUGGAUCCUUCACAUCACUAUCCUUCCAAGCAUCCCUUACCUUAGAGGUACUAAAAUUGCUCCUCAAUAGUCGGUUCAAAGGAAAGAAAGGCAGCACAUUUUCAAGUCGAAUUUGCAUACGUUUCGGCAGAACAUAUGCAAACGCGGGUGGCAUUGCCCUACAGGAUUUAUUGCUGGCGACUGCUCUGCCUACUGUAGCUGUGUUGCUUUUGCAAUUAAAUUAUGUGCUAUGCGAGCGUGCGGAGUUUUGAACCCAGGCACAGGUUGGCAACUCCAUGUCUAGGUGCUGCAACAGAUUGAUGGAUACAAGUAUUUCUUCCAUGCCCGUAAAAAGCUCAAAAGGAU